CACUUUUUAGCGCUGAACUUGACUCAAGGUCAUUGAGGCAAGGUUGCUUCUUCUUUUGGAUAUAAAUCAAAGCAAAUUAAAUGUCAACAUCCUCAGGCAGCGGAAGCAAACGCAAUCGAUUGAAUCUCACUCUUCCCAGUUCUGCUAUUCAGUCAUCAGACAGUAGUUCUUUGUCAGACAAUGUAUCAGAAUCAUUGAAAAGAAAUGGGAAUUCAACUAGUACAGUCAGUACAACUCUCGAUAAAUUAAACGAUGGUAAUGUGAUAAUUUCAUCUGAGCAUUAUUCACAAAACUCUCAACAAACUACUAUUUAUCGACCAAGUGCUCAUCAUUCUCAUCCACAUUCCGCUCAUCGUAGAAUCCCACCACCCCUAACAGAUCUUCGUUUAUCUCCGAAAAAAACUCAUGCACCAACAGGCGGUAAUCUAUUCAACUCCAAAGUAGAUCGGAAUAAUGAAAAUCGUUAUUCAAACAGAAUUAGUACCGGGCCUGUUGAUGUUGCUGAAGUUUUAAAACAAUUAGAAAUACAAGACUUAGAUGAUAAUCAACGUCGUCGUUUAAGUGCAUUUGUAGCAGAUAAACAAAAAAUUGGUGAAUUACGUCCAGAAGAUUUUGAAAAAUUAAGUGAAAUUGGCAAAGGUAACGGUGGUGUAGUCAGUCGUGUACGUCAUACAGCUACUGGUUUAAUUAUGGCAAAGAAAAAUAUUCAUCUGGAGAUAAAACCAAUUGUUAAAACACAAAUUAUACGUGAACUUCAAGUAUUACAUGACUGUAAUUCACCUUAUAUCGUUGGAUAUUAUGGCGCAUUUUUUGCCGACGGCGAUAUUAGCCUGUGUAUGGAGUAUAUGGAUGGUGGGAGUCUAGACAUCGUUCUAUUGCAUGCUGGUCGUAUACCUGAGCCAAUUGUUGCUAAAAUACUCUAUUCAGUAAUACGUGGGCUAGUUUAUCUACGUGAAGCUUUGCAUAUUAUUCAUAGAGACGUCAAACCGUCAAAUAUCCUUGUCAAUCGUACUGGAGAUGUUAAACUAUGCGAUUUUGGUGUUAGUGGACAGCUGAUUGAUUCAUUGGCUAAUUCAUUUGUUGGCACAAGAAGUUAUAUGGCACCGGAACGAUUAACCGGUGAACAGUACAAUACAUUGAGUGAUGUAUGGAGUUUAGGCUUAUCAUUAGUGGAACUAGCAACUGGACGUUAUCCAAUCCCAGCUAUUGAAGAUGAAAAAGUCUACCUAAGCGCAUUCAGUCCUCAUAGAGAUAUUAAUUUAGAACAGCACUUGGAAGCUGCUAAAGAAGGCAAACCACUACCAGCUGUGAAUAGUCCAAGUUCCGGUCCAAUGGCAAUAUUUGAAUUAUUAUCCUAUAUUGUUGACCAACCCCCGCCGCGCUUACCUCGAUUUUGUUUCUCUGAUGAUUUUAUCGACUUAGUUGAUUCAUGCCUUCAACGACCAGCUAGUGAUCGUCCAUCAUUAGAUAACCUUUUAAGGCAUAAAUUUGUUGUCACAGCAGCUGGAGCCUGUCCAUCAGGUAAUGUUCAACGACAAAGUACAACUAUAGAUAUUCGACAAAGUGGAGAUAAUAACGAGACAAAUCCUUGUGAAGAUCCAAUUAAUAUUGGUCGAUAUCUAGCCGCUGUACUGCCUCCUGUUACAACUGAUGAUCUCACUAGCAAUCAAUCGUCUUAUUAAAUUAAACUUUGUAGAAUCAAAUACACUUGGAUGCAUGUAUGUACGCGUGUGUGUGUGUGUAUGCUCAUGAAGCCACUUGCAGUCACAGAAUAAAACCAUUUGUUUGUCACUUGUAUGUGUGUGCGUAUAUGUUUGUAUGCAUUGUUCUUGUGCAAUGGGCCAAUAUAUAUAUAUAUAUAUAUAUAUAUAUAUAUAUAUAUAUGGUUUUGCAUACUAACUUGUAUACAGUGUCUAUUAUUAACUGUGAUGACUUCUGGUUUCAUUUUCUGAUUUUGAUUUCAUGCCGAUGAUUUCUGCUUUGUUUUUGUUUUUUUCAAUUUCCCCACUGUAUUUUGUAAAUAUGAUUUAUUGACUUCACACUACUUUUUUGGUUGUUUUGUUGUUGCUAAUAUUGAGCUAGCUGAGAAAAGCAAAGCUCUCAUUUGCACAUAGAAAUCAACGUCAAUUUGACAGGAAGUGAUGUGUACCAUGUUUAUAUAUAUAAUAUAUAUAUAUAUAUAUAUAUA